CUCCGUAUAUUUAUUAAUAACAGACAGAUGGAUUGGGCCAAGUGGCUAAAGAUAGCCCAGUUCUCAUACAAUAUCAUACAGUCGUCAGCUACAGGAAAAGCAAUAUUCAAGGUCACAAGGUUGUACCUCCCCAGAAUAGGUGUAGAACCUGGCAAAAGCAAAAAUGAGGCUGCUAGGAACAUGGCUAAAGACAUGAAGUCUGUCUUAGACAAAACACGCAAGACAUUAUUCAAAACUGCAGAACAGAUGAAAGACAUGGCAGAGCGUAGAUGCUCUAAGGCUUCUGACUACAAGGUCGGCAACCUGCUCUAG